AUGAUGCUCAGCAAAGUUGUGCUGGGCCUGUGCACUAUCAGCCUGGCAGCAGCUCAUAUGGAAAUGAGUUGGCCUUAUCCCCUUCGCAGUCGCUUCGACCCACAGGUGCCUGAGGAGGAUAUCGACUAUUCGAUGACCAGUCCUCUGGACAGCGAUGGCUCUAAUUUCCCCUGCAAAGGAUACCAGACCAAUACUCCUUGGUGCGCAACCGCAGAGUAUACUGCUGGCCAGACAUACAACAUGACCCUAAGCGGCUCCGCAACCCAUGGUGGUGGCUCUUGCCAGCUCUCUCUGAGCUACGACAACGGCAGCACAUUCAAAGUCAUUCAGUCCAUGGAAGGUGGAUGUCCACUCGUGUCGAGGUAUAACUUCAAGAUACCUGGUGAUGUCGCUAACGGCCAAGCCCUGUUUGCCUGGACUUGGUACAAUUUGAUCGGCAACCGGGAGUUGUACAUGAAUUGCGCAGAUGUGGUUAUCAGUGGAGGUACUGGCAGUCCAUCCUCUUUUGGGAGUGCUUAUCCUGAUCUCUUCGUCGCGAAUGUUGGUAAUGGUUGUUCCACUGUCGAAGGAAAGGAGACGGUCUUUACCGGUCCAGACUUUGACGGCACCAUAUUUAUGCAAGACACUGGUCAUAUUCUCUUCGACAAUCUGGGAUGCGGCACGAAGCGCCGGCAAAUGCUGGAUGAACAGAUCAAAACCGGCGAGCGGUCAUUCCGUGAAGUGUCCGAGGAGAUGUGGGGAUCUCUGCGAGUCCCCUUUGAAGAUGGGUUCGAGGUUAUGGAGAAGGAACUCGAAAUCGACCCUGGAUUUCAGGAGUUUCACAAGUUCUGCAUUGCGAACGGCAUCGAUUUCAACGUGAUCAGUGCAGGACUGAAACCCAUCUUGCGCAGAGUGCUGGACACGUUUUUGGGAGAGCCGGCAUCGUCAAUCCGCAUCGUUGCAAACGACGCUGAUAUCAAAUCGGACGGUUCGGAAUGGAAACCGAUCUGGAGACAUGACACCGAGCUUGGUCAUGACAAGGCCCUUUCGGUCCAGGAAGGUCGCGCCGAGGCCGCCAAGUAUUGCAUCGAUGGCCAAAUUCCCCUGAUCGUUUUCAUUGGCGAUGGUGUGUCUGAUCUUGCUGCUGCCCGUGAAGCCGAUGUUCUCUUCGCGCGCAAGGGCCUUCGCCUCGAGGAGUAUUGCCAGGAAAACAACAUCUCGUAUAUUCCUUUUGAGACAUUCGCGGACAUCAAGCGGGAGAUUGAAUCGAUCAUGAAAGAAGACCAGGAAAAGACCAAAGGCGAGGGAACUCCAGCUCGGUUCAACCCACGUGCGAACAUGUGGAGAAGGGUUUCCAGCAAGCAAUCCGUUCCUCAAUUCAUCGCCGCCACUCCUUCGAAGGAAGAGAAGAUGUUCCUUUGGCCGGAAAAUUUCACGGAGUACCGCCCCAGGGAAAUUUCGGAGAACGUUCCCGCUUAA